AUGGCGAACUUUAAAAACUUCUCAAAACAGGACAACACUUCUGCCAAGCCGAUGUCUGAAGAUCCAUCGCUAUAUCCUUACGAAGCUCGUAUCGGUUUAGCCUGCGUUUGGAUCUCAGUCUCCAUUUUGGGCCUCGUUGGAAACAGUCUCGUCAUCUGGUCCGUCAUCCUGUCUAAGAAACUCCGCACCGUGACCAACGCCUUCGUGGUCAACCUCAGCGUGGCUGAUUUCUGGACCAGUCUCUCAUACCCGUGGAUUGCUGUAGCUUUGGUCAGCCACGAUAGCUGGCCCUUGGAGUCAGAGGUCCCAUGCAUUAUAGCUGCUUGUCAGCUUUACACAGGUCUUGGUGCGAGUUUGUACACUUUGGCGUCAAUAGCUUUGAAUCGAGCUGUCCUCAUCACUCAACCCAUGAAUACCUACCGUGUGUGGUAUUCCCCGUCUAAAGUAACCGUCAUGAUCGCAAUGACAUGGAUUGUUUCCUGUAGUCUGGUAUUCAUCCCGCUAAUUCUCAACAUUGGCGAGUUGGGUUUCGAUCCUGAGAGUAACACGUGCUCAGAUAUAGAUACCAAUCCACGUGGUGAAGAGUACAACCUGAUUCAGUCUUUGGGUUUUUACCCAGUCCCAAUGCUCAUCAUCAUCUGUUGCUACACGGCACUCUACAUCCAUCUCAAACGACACUUCAGGAAACAGAAAGCAAGGAACACCUAUCAAGAAAGUGCAACCCCUGCCGACAAAUCAAUAGGAGAAAGAUCCGUCAGUCUAAGUGUCAUAACAGCGGACACCUCGGUGUCUUCACAAAGAGAGCUCACUGCAGACCGGUCCUCAAAGUCACAUCGCCAAGCAAUCAACCGGCAGCAGGUAUCUAUCACCAAGAACCUCUUCCUUGUGUUUUGCAUCUUCACCUUACUACUGUCUCCUUACUACAUAUCACUAGCCGUGCCAUCCAGCCGUAAGUUUGUUCUCUACGGGGUCACCAUUACCAUCUUCAAUAGCUGUGUAAACCCCAUCAUCUACACCAUCAACCACCCACAGUUCAAGAUAGUGCUACGAAAGAUAAUUCAGUGCCGCCUCUCGGAGAUACCGGAACCGUCAGAUUUUUUGAAGUCUGUUCUGACUAUAAAUCGCAGAAACUAGAGAGUGAAAAGUUGUACAUUGCAAUGAGCUGUUGCACCAUGUUCUAAACUCGAGACUCUGUUGUUUAUUUCACAAUACUUUUUGUUGCAAAAGUUCG